GAAAGGAUGCCUAGGUUCCUCAUACUUCUGCUAUUCGUGUGCAUUGCGUCAGCAGUCUCACCACCCGAAUCCAACGGAAGAAUCAGCAAUGGAGAAAACUCAUCCCCCUACGACUUUCCUUCUGCUGUUGGGCUACUGAUCUCCGGGACCUCGGACCAUACCUUCUGCGGCGGAGUGUUGAUUUCUACACGAUUCAUCCUAACUGCAGCCAGAUGUGUUGUUGGUACAAAUACGAUCACUGUCCUAGCAGGAGCCAGCGAUAUGACGCGGAUCGUUGAUGUCAUUCCGGUCCUGAACAUUCCUUCGCACAUUAUCAUCCAUCCCAACUACAGUUCGUUUUUCAAUCGAGACGAUUUAGCAAUAAUUCAGCUGUCCCGCCCGAUCGUAGCCAGUGAUCUGGUUCAGAUAGCGAAUCUACCGAGACGAUAUCACGUACCCUUCACCUUCAACGGUUGGAACUCGACGAUCGUCGGGUGGGGUAGUUCCGGAAACCGGGAAAACGAACCCCUCCCUCAGCAACAUCUACAACACGCCCAUGGUGAAAUAAUUUCCAACUUCGUUUGCGGACUGUCCCAUUCGUUUGUGCGGGAAGGUCAUGUUUGUACCGCGACCGAAUUUGGUGGACCUUGUGAUGGUGACGAGGGUAGUCCCAUCUAUGCGGAGGUCGAUGGUGAAAAGCUUGUGCUGGCCAUACAUUCGUUUCACUUUUCCGGUAUCCGAGGGUGUGAUCGGGGUAGAUCGGCCGUCAAUACCAGGCUGACCGAGUAUUUGGAUUGGAUCGAACAGAAUACCGAUGUGGUGAUUUUAAAUUAGAUAAAUUCUAGAGUUCGGUUUGAUUAGGUCGUAUGUACCAAUAUAAACAAAACUGAGUUAUCUGCA